AUGGCGACCUCCCAAACACGCCCCAGAACACCACCUACUGAAUACGGGCCCUCACUCAGUCCGCCAACACUUGAAGAAAUUAUAGACGUAGAAUUAAGUGAGAACACAAAUAAUGCUUCUCCACUAGCCGUGGCAGAUGAUUCUAUCGCUACUACGGAGAUAAGAAAAGCAAAUAGCAAUCGUGAUAGUAGACGUUCGGGUCAUGUCUCGCCAUGGGUCCUCAUAAGUGUUUAUUUGUUUCUUAUUGUCAAUGCUAUAUUAAUGUCAGCUGUAAUAAUAAUAUUGGUUCUUCUGAUAAAAGAUGCCAAUCAUUAUAAGGAAAAACGCCCGACUCUAAUUGCGUGGUGUGUAACAGAGUCGCUGUUUCGUCUGUGGGCUGUUUACUUUACGGCCAGAAAUUUUUCUGCGACUUAUACAAUAAUCCAUUUGCUGGGAAUAUUCUUAGGAAAAGAAUAUUACUUCACCUUGGUCAAUUCAUUAUGGCCUGAUUCUGAUCCAUUUGAAGCGCUUGUAGAUCGGCCGGGCAUUAGGAUAUAUUUCGAAUGGGUUAAGCAAGGCUUGUCCUAUGUAUUUAUUAAUAUAGACAUUGGCAUCUGGAUUUGGGUUAUGACCUGGAAAGUGGUAGUCGAUAUUGAAGACAAUUACGCCAAGUUGCUAGCUACAAUCGGUCUAGUUGCAUGUAUAAUUAAUAAUAUCAGCUGUCUUAUCGGUGUCGCCUUUGCAAUGAGGACGAUUUGCUCCGGAAUGCGAUCUUAA